AUCUGCUUCACAGAAAUGUCUCAGAAAUGAGCUGCAGUUUGCGCCUCUUGGUUUCCUGCAGUGAUUUAUUCUCCCAUGGCCGUUUCUUCCUCGUGUUACUCCGAGAUGCUCUCCCGCACAGAGCGCUCAGUGACCAUUCCCAGAUCAGCCGCAGCCUUAAAGAGAGCUACAAGCUGCUGCAGCUGUCUGCUGAUGAGCACAGCAGUCCCACGCAGGUGAAGGAGGCCUACAUGCGCCUGGCUAGGCUCUAUCACCCAGACUCCGGGGCUCCCACUGCAAAUGCGGCCCUGUUUGCUCAGGUUGAGGAGGCGUACCGUGCUGUGUUGGCACAUCAGAGUAAGUCCAAGCUAUCUGAUGGGCAUAAGGAAGAGGAAGAUGAGGAUAAGUUCAAAGGUAGGGCGAUUCAACACAGGCAUUACCUCAGUUACGAGGGUAUAGGUUCUGGCACACCCAGCCAGCGUGAGCGUCAGUACCGGCAGAUCCGUGUGGACCAAGCGGCUGAGCAAGUGUUAGACUACCGGCAGAGGGAACAUGAGAGGGCAGCCGCUGCAGAGGGGUCCCUGGCGGAGAGAGACGAGCGUCAGCGUAGCCACAAGAUCAAGAUCACCCAGACAGUGGAGAGACUGGUGGAGGACCUGAUCCAGGAUUCAAUGGCCCGCGGAGACUUCAAAAACCUGAGCGGAGCCGGAAAGCCCCUCAACAAGUUUGCGCACAAUCCAUAUGCAGACCCCAUGAUCCACAACCUCAACCGCAUCCUCAUAGACAAUGGGUAUCAACCGCCAUGGGUGGUCACGCAGCGUGACAUCCGAGAGGCAGUGACACGCAUCCGUAAGAGGUUGUUGGAUGGAAGGGCACAACUGGGUGACCCAAUGACCCCCAAAGAGCACAGCCAGUGGGAGCAGCUGUGCGCGUCUGUGGAGGAGGAGCUGAUGAAACUUAACAAGCAGGUGGACAAUUUCAACCUCAUCGUGCCGAUACUCAGCCUGCAAAUGGUUCACUUCAGUCUGACGCGUGAGAUUGAGCGCGCCGAGAGAGGAGCUCCCCAACACAGACUGGACCAGGAAAGGAUGCGAGACAGAAGGAAAGAGUUAACAAAUAAGCACGGUGAAGUAGUCAAGACUCAGAACGCUAAACGACGACUGAUGUCUUGGAUGCAGAAUUUACUUAGAUGAAAAUGACAGUUGAGGAAAAAAAUUAGAUCAGCAGUUCAUUUAUUGUUCGCCUCAGUGAAUAUUUCAGCUCUUAUUGAUGUCACUCUUCUCUGUGCGAUAAUACGGUUGUUGUAGGUUUA